GAAAGAUGAAAGCAUGGCGGCUACUGGCGGUGAUCGAGCUUUGUUCUUCUGGCUUGCUUUUCAGGACCACGGCGGUCCUGAAAGACAACAAUUUCAGCAAAGUAAAUGAUGGCGAUCGAAACUAGUGGAAGAAUAGAAAAAGUAAAUGGAAAUGAAUUGAGGUAUGAGGAAUUUGUAGAACGAUACAUGGAGAAGAACCAACCUGUGGUUUUGACAGGUCUUAUGGAUGAUUGGAAGGCUUGCAGCGAUUGGGUCGACGAGAAUGGGCAGCCAAAUCUACGGUUCUUUUCCACGCAUUUCGGGAAAUCCAAGGUUCAGGUUGCAGAUUGCAAUACUAGAGACUUCACAGAUCAGAUGAGAGUAGAAAUGUCUGUUUCAGAGUUCAUUGAUCAAUGGUGCAAGGAGGCUGUACAGGAGGAGCGUGGCGUUACUUCGAACAAUGGAGAUAUCGACAAGUCUGUACUAUACUUGAAGGACUGGCAUUUUGUGAAGGAAUACCCAAAUUAUGCAGCAUAUUCAACUCCACACUUUGUUCGUGAUGACUGGCUCAAUCUAUACCUCGACAGUUACCGUAUGCACAGGGAUCCCGACUCUUACCAAGAGAAGGAUGAAAUAAGUUGCUCCGACUAUCGUUUUGUUUACAUGGGAGCAAAAGGUUCUUGGACUCCACUUCAUGCCGACGUUUUCAGGUCAUACAGCUGGUCGGCAAAUGUUUGUGGAAAGAAACAAUGGUUUCUUUUGCCUCCUUCUCAGUCUCAUCUUGUAUUCGACAGGAAUAUGAAGGCCUGCAUAUAUAAUAUCUUUGAUAAUAAUAUAAGUGAAAAUUUGUUUCCUGGUUUUAAGAAGGUAAAUAUGAUUCCAGAUGUUCAACGUCUUCACCUUCUAUCGCUCGAAUAUAUCAGCUUUUUUCAUGUUCAUGUGUUUAUCAUUAUGCAGGCUACCUGGUUGGAGUGCAUUCAAGAACAGAAUGAAAUUAUAUUUGUGCCAAGUGGCUGGUAUCAUCAGGUUCAUAAUCUGGAAGACACUGUAUCAAUAAACCACAAUUGGUUUAACUCCUACAACCUCUGUUGGGUGCUGGACUUGAUGGCACGGGAUUACAAUGAAGCUAAGGAGUACAUAGAAGACAUUAGAGAUAUAUGUGAUGACUUUGAAGGUCUCUGUCAGCGCAACCUCGCAGCGAACACAGGCAUGAACUUCUAUGAUUUCUUCAUCUUCUUAGCACGCUUUACUCUUGCCAAUUUGGUGGUAUUAGACAAUCUAGCUAGAGACACCGAAAAUGUUGCUGGGAGCUUAUCUCCAAUGGUUCAACAGUUGGCUCACAAUCUUGCUUCAAUAAAGAACAUUGUCUUGAAAAUGAAAUCCCUGGAAUGUUUUUCAGGAGACCAAGGAUUCAUGUUGGAUCUAGGAGAAACACACAAAGAUCCCAAGCUUUCUAAACUCUGUUACUCUUUAGUUCAAGCUUGUGGGUCCAUACAUAAACAACAGAUUUCGAGCCUUUGCAUGAAGACAAUCGCAACACACGAUUCUAGAUCUUUGACUAUCAUUCAAAACUUUUGUGAUGGUGUAUCAUCCCCCCAAGAUCUUGUCAAAUUUAUCGACACGGUCUCAACAGAACUCGCAAAAUCAGAAGCACCAGAAUGAUAGUUCUCAUGUCAUACAUGCACAGCUGAUAUCCAAGCUCGUUGUUGGUAGAACAGUGUGGUUCAUUUACCAGGCAUUUGAGAAAUAAGAAAUCAGAAUGAAUGAUGAAUCUCACUAGUGCUAGUCCUCCUGGCAUUGAAGUGACAAAUCUUUGCUUUCAGAUUCUCUUUCUCUCUCAUGAUUGGAUCGUUGCAGUGAUUCAAAGAAAAGGAGGGAAACAGAGGUUAGCAGUCUGUGGUAUGAUUUGAAAGCGACCCCAUGGUGGAUCAAAUUGUGGGUGCACCCACAAAAGAUCACCAUCUUUUACGGGCCUUUGCUUUUUUCCUGAACCGUCCCAUAAAAGUGUUGUUUCCUUUGCUUUUGUUGGUAAAGUAAACUGUAUUAUUGUAUGCUUUUUCAGUUCAGGCCACCACACAAAGAUGAGCGCCUGUGGUUAAAGUUGGCGGCACCAAGCUGUGGCGUCCAUUUCACUCUUCCCCUCACUCACUGGUUCAUCACUCCCUCUCAUCUCUUGUUUUUUAUCCAACAAUCUGUUCUAAACAAAUCUUUGGAACUAUUUAAUUAGUUUGUGAUGCGAGAUUUCUGUUAUUUGUUUGUCUCAUGAGAUGGACGAGUAUCUAAAGCAUGUAACGGGUUUGAUCUUCCACUCUGCAAUUGUUUAAACGGUUGCUAUACCGACUUUUUUGAAUUAAAACUCAUUUGCAAGCUCUCCCUUUUCCUA